AUGGCGGUCUUGCUCUAUUUCUUCUUGGUUUUGCUUCUUACUCUCGUAUCAUCAAUCUUUCUUAAAAAGAAAAUAACCCCAAAAUCAAAACUCAGUCUUCCUCCGAGUCCUCCAAGUCUUCCGAUCAUCGGAAACUUGCACCAUCUUGCAGGAAUGCCUCACAGAUGUUUUCGUAAUCUCUCCAUCAGAUACGGACCCGUGAUGCUUCUACGUCUCGGGUUCGUUCCGGUGGUUGUGAUCUCGUCGAGCGAAGCAGCUGAAGCAGUGCUCAAAACACAUGACCUGGAAUGUUGCAGCCGACCAAAGACGGUCGGGACGGGAAAGCUCUCUUACGGUUUUAAAGACAUCAAUUUCGCGCCAUACGGUGAGUAUUGGCGGGAAAUGCGGAAACUCGUGGUCAUGGAGCUUUUCAGCCUUAAAAAGGUUCAAUCUUUUAGGUACAUAAGAGAAGAAGAGAUCGACUUCAUGGUGAAGAGAAUGUCAGAAUCGGCUUUAAAACAAUCUCCUGUAAACCUAAACAAAACCUUUUUCUCCCUCACCGCAAGCAUCAUUUGUAGAGUAGCAUUAGGACAGAACUUCAACGAGAGCGGCUUCUUCAUCGAUCAGGACAGAGUCGAAGAGCUUGUCACUGAAGCAGCAGAAGCUCUAGGGACUUUCACAUUCUCUGACUUCUUCCCUGGUGGAGUUGGAAGAUUCGUAGACUGGUUGUUUCAACGACACAAGAAGAUCAACACCGUCUUUCAAGAGCUUGAUGCUUUUUACCAGCAUGUGAUCGAUGAUCACUUGGAGCAAGAAGGCAAGAAAAAUCAAGAUAUUGUUUCCUUGAUGUUGGAUAUGAUCGAGAAACACGGAAAUGAAGAUUCUUUCAAACUCGAUAUGGAUAAUCUCAAGGCAACCCUCAUGGAUAUAUUUCUCGCGGGGAUAGAUACAGGCGCUAUAACUAUGAUUUGGGCGAUGGCCGAGCUCGCAAGAAACCCUAGAGUGAUGAAGAAGGCUCAAGAAAGUAUCAGAGCCACACUAGGGCACAAAAGGGAGAGAAUCACUGAAGAUGACCUAGGAAAAGUUGAUUACUUGAAGCUUAUAAUCAAGGAAACAUUCAGAUUAUACCCAGCAGUUCCGUUUUUGCUGCCACGAGAAACAAUGUCACAAGUCAAGAUUCAAGGCUACGAUAUUCCACCGAAAACGCAGAUCCAAGUUAACGUCUGGACCAUCGGACGUGACCCUAAGCGUUGGACCGACCCUGAAGAUUUCAUUCCUGAACGGUUUGCGGAUAGUUCUGUAGAUUUUAAAGGACAACACUUUGAGCUGUUGCCGUUUGGUUCAGGUCGAAGGAUCUGUCCCGCGAUGCCAAUGGGGAUUGCUACCGUGGAGCUAGGGCUGAUGAAUUUGCUUUACUAUUUCGAUUGGGGAUUGCCUGAUGGUAUGAAAGCUGGAGACGUUGACAUGGAAGAAGAAUGUACACUCACCAUCGUCAAGAAACUACCUCUUCAACUUGUGCCCCUUCAACGCCAUUGA